AUACAAGUGAUAGUGGGUGGACCAGCCGGCUUGGUAGCUAGCAAGUAGUUGAGUUCUCUAUCAGUCUCUCUCUCUCUUUAAGACCCUAAUCCCGUUGUCCUCUUCUUCUCCAUCUUAGCAUAGUUUUUAACGAAACAGAAAAAGAAACCAACCCAGCAACAUUCUGCAAGAAACUGUACUACAAUUGCAAUGUUUUCUGUUAGAUCAAUCUUUAGACCGCAACAACUCAGACCCUCUUUUGUUUUCUCAUAUUCAUCUUCAGCUGCAGCAAUUCAGGCUGAAAGGACUAUCAAAGAAGGCCCAAGAAAUGAUUGGACUCGUCAAGAAAUCAAGAAUGUUUACGACUCUCCUCUUCUUGAUCUCCUUUUCCAUGGAGCUCAAGUUCAUAGACAUUUUCAAAAUUUUAGAGAAGUGCAGCAAUGUACUCUCCUUUCUAUUAAGACUGGUGGCUGUAGUGAGGAUUGUUCAUAUUGUCCUCAAUCUUCAAGAUAUAAUACUGGGCUUAAAGCUCAAAAGCUUAUGACCAAGGAUGAUGUUUUGCAGGCUGCCAAAAGGGCAAAAGAGGCUGGUAGCACACGUUUUUGUAUGGGUGCAGCAUGGAGGGAUACUAUUGGAAGGAAGACCAACUUUAAUCAGAUCCUAGAUUAUGUAAAAGAAAUAAGGGAUAUGGGCAUGGAGGUUUGCUGCACUUUGGGCAUGCUAGAAAAGCAGCAGGCUGCAGAACUAAAGAAAGCUGGCCUCACUGCAUAUAAUCAUAAUCUUGAUACCUCAAGAGAAUAUUACCCAAACAUUAUCUCUACAAGAAGUUAUGAUGAACGCCUGAAAACCCUGGAACAUGUCCGAGAAGUAGGAAUUAAUGUCUGCUCAGGAGGUAUAAUAGGGCUUGGAGAAGCAGAGGAAGACCGUGUUGGUUUAUUGCAUACAUUGUCAACACUCCCUAUGCACCCAGAGAGUGUUCCGAUUAAUGCACUAAUUGCAGUUAAAGGCACACCUCUGGAAGAUCAGAAGCCAGUGGAGAUAUGGGAGAUGAUUCGAAUGAUAGCUACUGCUCGGAUAAUCAUGCCAAAAGCAAUGGUGCGGCUGUCAGCUGGUCGAGUUCGUUUCUCAAUUGCUGAGCAGGCUCUCUGCUUUCUUUCUGGAGCAAAUUCUAUAUUUACAGGCGAGAAGCUGUUGACAACUCCUAAUAAUGAUUUUGAUGCUGACCAACUCAUGUUCAAGUUGCUUGGUUUGAUUCCAAAAGCUCCUAGUUUUCCUGAAGAUGAAGAGAGAGCUUUGGAAUCAGAAAAUUGUCAGGAAGCUGUUUCUAGCUCAGGUUGAUAUUUACUAGUUAAGAGGAAGUGUGUAAUGUAGCUCCAUUGCCCUUUUAGUUAUAAUUACUAAAGUCUUUCUCCUUCAUUGUUAAAUUAAUUUAUGAUAGUUUUUCUUUUUCAAAA